CACUGGUCUAACGGUACACGAGUAUUAACACCAGAUCUUCUCUGCCGUCUUCCUGUCUAUCUCAUGAUCUUUAAAAGCAGCCAAUCAGAACCAGUGAAGAUGACGACCUGUGGCCCUGUGACGAAGAGCCUGCUGCUGCUGGCUGUGGUGGUCGCUCUGACCGUACAAGGAUCUGCAGCAGAUUGGAAGGUCUCUGCAUGCUGCACCAAGGUGUCCACACAGCAGAUCACUGAAACCAUAGUGGACUUCAUGGUGCAACACAGAAACAAUCACUGUGUCAAUGCCAUCAUUUUCCAAACGGAGAGUGGUCGUUUGUACUGCUGCAAACAUGAUGAGCCCUGGGUGAUGAAGAAGGUCAGGCAGCUUAGGCCGAAAAAAAGAGCAGCAUUGGCCUCCACCUCCUCCCUCCUGAAGGUCAUCACCUCCAGCUCCGCUCCUCCACCAUUGGAGGGAACCACCGCCACGCCCUCAGCGCAUUAUACCGUCCAAUAGAAAUGCAUCUUAUUCAGCGCAGCACCAAGAUGGCUGACCAGAUACUUUUGAAGAGAAAAACAAUGAACUGUUAGCACUUUUUUUUUAUUAAUUUAGAGAACUCCAGAUAUACAAGCAUUAUUGCGGAAGGGGUUAAGGGCCAAUGUGAUUUUGUUUUAAUGAGUUCUGAGUUUGUAGUCAGAACUCAAAAAAAGAGAAUCAAAUGUGGCCCUAAUCCUAUUCUCUACAUUGUCAACCCCUUAUAGGUUAUUUAUUAAAUUAUGAUGAUAUAGCACGACAUUUAAAUGUAUUUUCAAAAGAGAGUCCUAUUUAUAAAUUGUAUUUAUCAAUGUCGGCACAUUAUGUUACAAUGUUAUGUAAAUGUAAAUGUAAAUGGACUGCAUUUAUAUCGCGCUUUUCUGACCAUCGGCCACCCAAAGCGCUUUACAAUGUUGCCUCACAUUCACCAUUCACGCACACAUUCACACACCGACGGCGGAGUCAACCAUGCAAGGCGACAGCCAGCCCGUCGGGAGCUAACAGUCAGGGUUAGGUGCCUUGCUCAAGGACACCUCGACAUCGAACCAGCAACCUUCAGGUUACCAGCCAACCCGCUCUACCUCCUGAGCUACUGCCGCCCAUAUGUCAUUGUUAUUCUAUAAAUUCACUGGAUUUUUUGAAGGUUCGAGCCAUUUAUUGAUUUAUACGUUUUUAGCAUUUUAAUAAUCAAAAGUAUUUGGUGUGUUUGAAUAUAAAUAAAAUGUGUCCUAUUCUUUAA